AUGCUUGCGAUAGAAGCACCGUCACAGAUGACAACGGCGCAGAUUCCUCCUGACAGCAUAAAACAGCAGCUAACAGUGAAACAGCUGCUCUACCACAGCCUCCAGCUCUUCACCAGCGUGGCGUACGAUGCCUUCCAGUGCUCCCAGCUGGCGGCCCGGGAGGGGCUCCCCGCGAGUGAGCGAGCAGAGUACCUCGAUGUCACCGCAUCGUGCACGUUUAAGCUGGCCUACAUCUUCUACAGCCAGAAUCUUCAUGAGGAGGCCAGCUCCCUCUCUGAGCUCUUUUGCAAGAGGCUGGAGAUGGCAGAAGCCUAUAAAUACCCAGAGAUACCCCCAGAAAGGCUGCACAGAUGCUUCAGGCUGCAGGUGGAGAGCUACCGGAAGCUGGGUCGGUUCGAGAGAGCCCUGGUGUCCAUCGUCCAGUGGUUGGCUGCCCUGCGGGGUAAGAUCAGGGAGCAGAUGACAGAGCCCAUCUCCCUCUGGGCCAGAGUCAAGACGGACGCCACGAAGCAGGGGGCUGAGGAGAUACGGCUACGGACCCUGAAGGAUGGCUUGGAGGGGCGCUGCCUGGAUGCCGGGACCUUGGUGGCCGUGCUCUUCGAAGAGCUGAAGGCCUACAAGACCGUGCGGGCCAACACGGGGCAGGAGCGCUACAAUGUCAUCUGCGACCUGCUGGAGAUCUGCUCGGAGGAGAGCGGCUGUGUGCACGAGCGGGCCAUCGGCUUGGUGGAGCUGGCCCAGGUCUUGUGUUAUCAUGACUACGCGGCGCACACGGACUGCUCCUCCCUGGACUCGAUCCGAGAGGCCUUGCGGCUCCUGGAGUCUGUGCCCAGGACCGCCCAGAACCAGGAUGAGCUCCUCGAUGACCGAGCACAGGCCUUGCUCUGGCAGUACAUCUGCACCCUGGAGUCCAAACUAGAGGAGAGCAUAGAGAGGGAGCAGAGAGCCAAAGCUCAGGGGCAGAAGCACCUGGAUGACUUUGAGCCCAAUGACCUCAACUAUGAAGACAAGCUGCAGGAGGACAAGUUCCUGUACGACGGCAUCGCCUUCAACCUGGCUGCAGAGUCUGCUCAGUCCCAGAGCCUGGACGAUGCCUUCGCCUUGUGGAAGCAGCUCCUGGCGAAGAAGGGAGUUCCCGGCGUGCGCAGCCUGGAGCAGACCGUGGCCUCCCUGCACCUCAUGGCAGCUCUCUACAGACUGAUGGCCAGGCCCCUGCAGGCUCUGGAGAGCUACCUGCUGGUCAGAUCCCUGUGCAGCGCGGUUGGAGACAGCCUGGGCAUGGCUGGUGCCUUGUGCCAGGUUACCAAGCUGCUCUUCCAGCUGGAGUGUCCCAGCUAUGCCAAGCUCUUCCUGGAGGAGACGGAGUCCUGCUUGCAGAAGGCCGACAGCAGUGGCGAUUCCUACCUGUUGCUGAAGCAAACCUGCCUUCUGCUCCGCAGCCAGCUUUGCUGCGCCAGCCACCAGGUUGAAGAAGGCCUUGCCCUGCUGCUGGAAGUGCUCCAGAACCCAGCUCUGCAGAAGAUUGCAAAGGUCUGGUACCUGCUCCGAGCCCACGUCCUUCAGUUAACAGCAGUCUACCUGAGCCUUCCUGCUGCCCACCUCUCGCAGGAGCUCAGGCAGCAGAUCUUUGCUCAAGGGUGGAGGACGCCUGAGACUGCUCUCACCGAAGCCCACAAGUUUUUCCGUAGCAUCAUCCUUCUGCUGAUGGGCAGCAAUGUGCUGGGCUCUCACAAGACUGCGUCAGACGUUCAGUUUGUGGAUUGUGGGGAAAACCUGCUGCAGAAGUGGCAAGUGCUGGCUGACCUGCUGGCCUGCUCGGAGCGCCUCGUAGCUCUCCUCAGCAGAGUGGAGAUGGUAUGCGAAGCCAAAGCCUUCUGCUUGGAGGCUGUCAAGCUGGCCAUGAAACUGCAAGUGAUUCGGUGGUGUGCCGCCUUCCUUGUGCUGAAGGCCCAGCUGGAGCUGCAGCGGAGUGAGCUGGAGCUGAGCCGCUCCGACCUCCAGCAGGCCCUGUUCCUCCUGGAGUCUGGCACUGAGUUUGAAGCUAACGAGAAGCAGAAAGGGCAAAUAAAGAUCCUGCCCCGGAAGGGCAAGCCUGAGGGCAGGAAGCAGCGAGAUCCCAGCUCGGAGCUGCCCGGGGAAGAGGAGGGCUUUCUGAAGGGCCCCGCGCUUGAGUUUGUGGCCACGGUGAGCGGGCCGGAAAAGCCCACUGCUCUCACCACGUCGCCGGAGCUGAAACCCAAGCAGAGGAGAUGCCUGGCCUUCCUUGCCCACCCUUCCACGUGUCCCUGCUCCCUGUGCUCCGACCUGACCCUCCUGACUGGCCGGGCCCUGCCUGCGCUGGAGCUGCUGGAUGAUCUGAUGGCCACGGGCUAUGCCACGCUGGCUUUUCAAAGCCUGGCCGGCCCCCAGCCUGAGGAGAAGCUGUGGGAGCACCUGGAAGCUGGCUUGACCUUCCUGGCAUCCCGGAGACCUCACCUGCCCAGCCUGGAGAUGUCCAGGGCCACCCUGCUGCUGGCCAAAGCGGUUGCCACCAUUUGCCGCCUGGCCUCUAAGCGUGGGGGCUCUGUGGCCAGUGUCUUCUCCAGCGUUUGGGCCUGGCAGCCACCGCUGGCUCCAACAGAUCCCAAAGGAUCGGUUGCAUCCAAGGCACUCAAGGCAGAUGAAGCUCUGCCCCAGAAGAAUAAAAGCAAGAAGGUGACAGUGACAGCACCAGGGCCCAAGCCCAGAGUGAAGAAGAGCCAGAGGGCGAAGCCCCUGGCUGCAGCGGACUCCGAUGAUGUCUUUGCUCUGGGUGACUUGGACACUGAGGUGCCCCCCAUCGUUAUCCGACCGGUGACAGUGCCUUGCACCCCACGCCAGAAACCCUGUCCCCCUGCCAAGGCACGUGCCCACGGUGCUGUGGCAGCCCCGGGCCCCAGGGCUCCCUUCACGGUGUUCAGCGAAUCCUCCCCUCCGGCCGGCAAGUCCCAGCUCCUGAAAGCCCCCAAAGCUUUGGGGAGAGUCAAGUCUCGACUGAAGGUAACGUUCAGUGAUGACAGUGACGUGGAGGAUCCCAAACUGGGGGUGACCCCAGCAGCUGGCAAAACCCCAGGCCCCAGCCACAAGACUCCCCAGCCAACAGGCCGCACCCGGAGAGCCCUGCGCCCCAAAGCCACGGCUGCCGACACAGAGGGGUCCCAGACGAGCUCGUCGGAGGACAGCUCCCGGAGCAGCAAUGCCCAGCCCCGGAGAGCGCGAGCGGGCUCCCGCAGAGCUGGGGGCACAGAGGAGAAAAGAGAGCGAACAACCCGCAGGGCUCCUGGCAGGAGAGCAGAGGAGGAGCGGGAACUUCUGAGGACCAUUGAGGAAGAGGAGAAGGUGGAAGAAGAGCUUGAGAUUAGCUUUGAGGUUUUGCGGGCCUCUGAGGAAGAAGAGGGAGUCCCAGGCAGGAGACGGCAGCCCCAGCGUGGGCAGGAGAGCGCAGACGGGGAGCGUGAGGUCCUGCGGCGAGACGCCAGUGAGGACAUCCUGGCCAUACGGAGGCUUGGCAGCGGGGGCCCCCUGCACCUGGAGGCCCUCUCCUCCUCCCUGUCCACGGCUGGCGAUGUCUCUUCCCUGGACAAAGCCUGUGAAUUCCUGAAAGGUGCUUUCAACUGCAUCAGCCACUGCCCUCCCAGUGCCCUCUACAGCCAAGUCUGCCAGCUCCUGGCCCUGUCCCUGGGCAAGCAGGACCCCAUCUCCACUGCCUACCUGGUGUCGGAGUCUGUCUCGGUCACCACCCGCCAUCAGCUGCUCAGCACGGUCCACAGGAAACUUCACAAAGCCAAGAAGUCAGCAGCAGACGUAGCCGAGCAGCUCCACGGGCUCUCCUUGCGGGAGGAGAGCGCUGCUGUGCGCAGCCACCACCUCGCUCAGCUCCAAGACCUCUUCGAGUUCAGCUCCACGGGGAUGGGGCCUCAGGAGCAGGAUGGCUUCAGGGAGCAGCUGGAGCACAUCCCCAGUGGGGUGACCGUCUGCGUGCUGACCCUGGUGAGCCUCCAGCCUGCCUCCGUGGGAGACAUGCUGCUGCUCACACGGCUGGAGAAGGGCAGCGCUCCUGUGACCAUCCGGAUCCCGACUGCGCUCACCAAGGCCCCGCUGAGCUCGGUGCUGAGCGAGUUCGAUGCCAUUCAGAAGGAGCAGAAGGAAUCCAGCAACUGCACGGACAAGAGGGACUGGUGGCUGUGUCGCUCGGAGCUGGACCAGAGAAUGAAGAACCUCAUCGAAACCCUGGAGAUGCAGGUGUUGGGCUGUUGGAAGGGGGCCCUGCUCCCUGCCAGCCAGGAGCCCAGCCUGGCAGAGGAGGCUUCCAGCUUGUGCAACCAGCUCCAGAAAUGUGGUUGGGAGGACGCAGAUGCAGCGCUCCUCAAGGUUGUGCUGAACUCCUCUCCCCUCCUCACUGCCCAAGAUUUGCAGUCCCUGGCCUUUGGGCUCUGCCCAGCUCAGCCCUACACGGCCCAGCUCCUCUUGCAGGAAGCCCUGGAGAAGCGGAGAGCUUGCGCCAGGCAGGCCAGCGGCUCCCUUGUCCUGGUGCUGGAUAAGCACCUGCAGAAGCUACCCUGGGAGAGCAUGGCGUGUCUGAAGGCUGUGCCCGUAACCAGGCUCCCUUCCCUGCGAUUCCUGCUUGGCUAUUCCCUGGCGCAGAAGCGGGCAGGAUCUGUGCUGAGCCGCGGCGUGAACCCCAGCAGCACUUUCUACAUCCUCAACCCGCACAACAACCUGCCGGGCACCGAGGAGCGUUUCCGGGGCUGGUUUGAGAGCGAGCCCGGCUGGAGCGGUGUGACA